AUGUCUUACCCAACCAAGCCUGCUUUUGUUCACGUUGGAAGUUGGGACGAUGAGACUCGCAAGCAUCCUGCAAUGAAGUGGAUGGAAGAAUAUACAAUCAACUUCAACAAGCGCGGAGACUGGGGUCAAGAAGAAUGUGACUGGUUCUCUGCUGAUUUCACGCUCGUCAAACCCGACGGCUCAAUCCACAGCGGCAAUGCAUCGGCAUUCCGAGAAGCCACGGGCAUGUACGCUCCUUUCACCGAAGAAUUCCACGAGCCUUAUUUUCUUGUCUGCUUCGACACGGACGGUGGCUGGGAGAUGAUCGGCCAGGCCUACCUUUUCGCCAACUGUCAGGGGCAACCAACCGCGCAGGAGAAGAAGGUCAAGGACUUGCAGGGGAGGGAAUGGGAUGUCAAGAUCCCCGGAGGGUUUCACUUCACCUAUGUGAAGCAACAAGGGGCGCCUCAUGAUGGUAUUGUAUUGAAGAGGACGGAAAUCAUGAGUGAUUCGAUGCCCGCGGUGCAGAUCCUUAUGGCAAGAGGAGUCCUCAAGAUGUGA